CAUGGAGUCUCUUUAGGAGACUGGGACGUCUAUCUCGUGGAAAGGUAUGUCGAUCUUGCGAAGUUCUAUUUCGACGAUUUGCAUGGCUUUCAAAAAUUAUGUGGCGCAGUCGUCAAUCCCAGCCUCAACCCCAGCAUCCGGCCCCCAUCCGUUUUCCCCCAUCGAGCCGAGUCUCCGGUCAUCUUUUCAAACGCGCUUGUGAACGCGUCCACGCUCCCGGUCUUCUUGUCCACAAAGACUGCAUAACAAACCCUGUAGAAGCAGCCCACGUGCGCGAUUGAUUGAGUGGGAGCUUCACCUUGAACAUCACUGCUUCGAGUAUAUAGUCGUGCGCCAGCGCCAUCUCAAAUCCCAUCCCAUCGCAUCGCAAUCCUUUUCAGUAUCGACAUCAUCAAAUGAGCCUCGAUAAUUGGGUCCUUCGGUCCUCUGCCAUGUCCAAUAAGAACAUGGCGACGGCACGCACAUCCUCCUUUCCCAAAACCUCCGACGAAAUGUCAAAAACCUCCACGGAAAGCACCUACGAACCACCCGUGCGCACCCCAACAAUACCAAACGAGGCCCCACCCAGCACAUCCUCCUCCGUCCAAAGCACCGCCGUCAUCGCGCUCGCCUGCUACCCUUACACCCUACCCACCAUCUGCAUCAUCGCUGUAGCAGCCAGCGCCAUCUUCGCCUGGUUCGUCUUGUGGGCGCCUCACCUUCGCGGCCGCCAUGUCUCGCGGCGCAUGGGGUUCGCAGUACCGUUGGGCCUACAUGUACUGUUCUGCGCAGGGCUGGCCGGCGACUACUACAUCUGGGGCCAGUCGGGGCGGGAAGAGCGGUGGUGGCAGUUCGAAGGGGGGCAUAGUUGGUGGGCCUGGUUCUGGAUAGUGGUGGGAACGGCAGCGGACACUGUGUGGACGUUUGCGAACAUCUCGUGGCCUUGUUUGUGUACGGCUUGGUCGUGGUUGAGGAAGAGGACGGAGAUGAAAGAGAAACUGGACGGCCAGCCGACCAACUCAGGGUCUAAGGAGGAUGACAACCGCCCCCCAAGCCCGCCCUCUAUCACCAUGGCCGCCGGCUUCAUCGCACUCGGCUAUAACGACAGCCCCCUACCUACUAUCUGCACUCUCGUCCUGGCUGUCGGGGCCUUCUUCAGCUGGGUAGUUCUAAUAGCACCACACGUUGCUCCCGCCCCCCGGUUUAGGAAGAGAGUGAUGUCUGCGGAUAUGAGGUUCACAUUGCCGAUGGGGCUGCUGUUAGUGUUUUGCGUUGUGUUGGGAUGGGAUUGUUACUUUGCAACGCAUAGUGAAGAGGGGAGAGAGGAGGAGGAGCAGCAUUUGUGGGCGUGGUCUUGGGAGGGGCCGCGUUGGUGGGCGUGGUUUUGGGUGGUGGCGGAUCUGGUGGCGAAUACGGUGUGGUGUGUUGAGAUCUGGACGUGGUCGUGGUUUGGGAAGGGGAAGGGGGAGGAGACGAAAGAAGAGACGAAGGAUAUCCUUUCCACGCCCGAAAGCUACGGCGAGAAGGCAUCGAACACCUACGAGCCGCCAGUCCGCCAGCCGACGAACACAUGGAAAGACGCAUACGGCGAGGACCGCCCUAUUUCGCAGCGCCUGGGCCAAAGCAAUGGGGGUGGUGGAUGGGAGGAGACGAUGGGCAGGGAUGGGUGCCGUGGUUCUGGGUGAUAAUGGAUAUGGCAGCGAAUUUCGUGUGGAUGCUCGAGAGCGCUAGGAAUUGGUCUAUUUUUGGGGGAAAGGGGAAGGAGAAGGUGGAUAAGGGGACGGAGAAGGUGGAUAAGGGGACGGAGAAGGUGGAUAAAGGGACGGGACCGGGGCCGGAUGGGGAGUGAGGUGGCAGUGAGAGGGGAUGGACUUAUGACGGCGAG